AUGGACAUAGCACAAGAUUACGUCCUGAAAGCCUACGCGAUCUACAACGGGUGCGAGCCCUACACGCGACCUUUCCGCAGCCUCCUAUCCGAGCUACAAGCGCGCGCGUCUCCCUUCGUCAUGCCAUUCCUCAACACCGUAGCCGUCAAGGCGCAAGACUCGCCGGGCAUCGUGAGCGUUGGGAUCCUGGUCCUCUUCAUACUGAUCGCGCUCCAAGUGCUGAAUCUCGUGCGCCGCAUCAUGAUGUGGUGGAUCCGCUUGCUGUGGUGGAUGACGGUCAGUGGCUUGUGCGUGGUGGUUGUCGCGGCGGUCUGGCAGAGAGGGCCGGAGAGGACCCUGGAGGAUGCGAUAGCGUGGGGAAGCCAGCUAAGUGAGGUCUGGUGGAGGGAAUAUAGGAGGUGGGAGGGGUAUCAGAAUCAGCAGAAGGGUCAGUAUAGUAAGCAGGGGGGCUACGUAUAUUGA